AUGGGGGAUGCCAUUGCAGUGAAGGAAGAGAAAGAAGGGAACAUGUCUGAUAGAAUGAUGGAGUUAGCUGAGGUUCUUGGAGUAAUGAAGCUUUUUCCGUCUAAGAAAAGGGUUGUUAAGAUACUUAAUGACGUGAGUGGAAUUGUGAAACCAUCAAGGAUGACACUACUUCUUGGGCCUCCAGGCGCUGGAAAGACGACAUUGUUGAAGGCACUUGCUGGAGAGCAGGACAAGGCUUUAAGGGUAACCGGAAAAGUCACUUAUUGUGGUCACGAAAUGUCAGAGUUCAUUCCUCAGAGGACUUCGGCCUAUGUUAGCCAACAUGACCUUCACCACAGUGAGAUGACAGUUAGAGAGACGUUAUACUUCGCAAGACGUUUUUUGGGAGUUGGAACUAGAUAUGACCUCCUAGCAGAAUUGUUGAGAAGAGAAAAGGAUGCACGAAUCAAACCUAUCCCGGAGAUAGAUGCAUUCAUGAAAGCCACAACAAUGGUUGGCCAAGAAUCUAGUUUGCUCACAGAUUAUGUUCUCAAGGUUUGUUUCCUCAAUUUUCUGGCAUCUAAUGUCUAA